UAUGAAACGUUAUGUUGAUUUCAUCAUUUUUUACCAACGCCUUUAAAUCCAAAGUUAAGUUCAUAAGUCUGGUUUCAUAAUCUAUUAUUCAUCUUGAUUUUUUACUUUGAUUGUGAACUUUUUUACUUGAUCUUCUACAGCUGUGUUCAUAUUUUUCAACAAAAAAAAUGCCUUUGCAAUUAUAUUACGAUAACCUUUCUCCACCAUCGCGAGUAGUUCGCAUCCUUGUUAAGGAAAUCGGUCUUGAUGUUGAAGAAAAACAAGUCAAUUUAAUGGCUGGUGAUCACAUGAAGCCAGAAUUCCUCGCCAUAAACCCAUUUCACUGUGUUCCUACCUUAGUUGAUGAUGGAUAUGCUCUAUGGGAAAGUCGAUCGAUAAUUACUUAUCUUGUGGACAAAUUUGCUCAUGGACAUUCACUUUAUCCAACUGAUUUACACAAACGAGCAACAGUCAAUCGGUGGCUUUAUUGGGACUCAGGGACAUUUUACCCAUCAUUAAGUGCUUAUUAUACGCCAGGCUUUGCAGGAAAACCAGUGAAACCAGAAGCAGCUGAAGUGUUUAAGAAAAAUGCUUCAGCACUGGAUGAAUCAUUGAAAAGUACUAAAUACGUUGCUGGUGAUGAAUUGAGUGUUGCUGAUAUUUCAAUUACAGUUACCAUUUCGGUUGCUUCAGCUAUGGGCAUUGAUACAAGUGAACUCAAAAAUGUUGAAAAAUGGUUGAAACAAGUGGAAAGUGACUUUGACCCAUCGACUUGGCAAACUUUAGUCAUUGAUUCAGCUAAUGGUUUAGGAACUUACUUCAAGUCAAAGGCUUUUAGUUCAUAAACUGCUUGUUAUUCAAAGGACUACUGAUACAUAAUAUGAUUUUCGAGUUAAGAGUUUGAUCUUUGUGGGUUUUUCAGCAACUAAAUCCAUUUGUGUAAUUAAAAAUUUCAGUAAUUUUCAAUCAAAUCGAAUUCAAAGUGAAACUUCCAACGCCUUUUGUACAGUUGUGGAGCCAGACUUUUUCAUUAAACUCAUUUUUCUGACGCAACUUUCAAUGUGCAACAAGGGAAAUUCCGUAUCCUUGUUUUGGGGAAAACAUUUUCUGUUUUUGUUCAAGAAGUCACUUCGAUUUACUGAAAAGUUAUUCGCUUUCAGUGAUGACAUUAGAGAAUGAGAUUCCCUGCUCAUUCUCUGCUUAGACAAAUGCCAUUGCCGCGAAUUUACAUUGGAACUUAAUACAAUCGGGUUUGCAUUUGAUAACUGUUCGAUACUUUGGAUAAUUGUCUUUUUGACUUCUUAAACUUUUUGAAACAUUUUUAGACUCAACUUUUGUAGAAAGCAGAUUGAAACAAUGGUAGAGUUCAAGGAUUCAAUUGUAAUGUCUGAAUAUUUAAAUUAAAUCUUUUAGUUAAUAA